AUGGGAUGUUAUACUUCAAGAUUGGAAGAUGAAGAAGCUGUCCAGCUCUGCAAGGAUAGAAGAAAUUUGAUCAAGCAGGCUGUUGAGCAGCGAAUCCGCUUUGCCUCUGCCCAUGUUGCUUACAUCCAGUCACUGAAACAAGUCUCACUUGCUCUUCAUAAUUUUGUUAAUAGAGAUGGACAUGAUGACUUCUUUGAUUCAUACACAACUCCUCCUUUCACACCUGUGAAAAGAUUGAGCCCAAAAAUCAUAGGCAUUCAAUUGAAGUCCUCUUCACUGGCACCAAACCAAUCAGAGAAGAGCUCCAUUCAUGUGGCAAAGUUUUUGAGAUCAGGUGGGAAUUCAUCAGUCUCAGUCGAGGAGUGGCCUGAGUCUCCAGAAACGGUGAGAAUUGAUUCUUAUUAUGCUGCAGAUCACAACGAAAUUGAUGGUUUUUUCGCUAAGCAGGCUUCACCAGUGAGCUCAUUCUUCCCUUCUUCUUAUGGUGGACCAAGCUACAUACCAUCAUCACCGCAAAAUUCACAGUGGGACUUCUUUUGGAACCCUUUCUCAUCAGUGGAUACAUAUGGAUAUCCCUACAGGAGCAGCUUUGACCGGAUGGUAGGUGAUGAUGAGAAUGCAGGUUGCAGGCAGGUAAGGGAGGAAGAAGGCAUUCCAGAAUUGGAAGAAGGAAUAAGAGGAGAAGAAGAGGAAGAGGAAGAGGAAGGAAAAGAACUUAUGGAGGGAGAAAUAAAGGAUGAGAGAUCUAAAGAUGACUCAAACCGUGCUAGAGUGACAGUUAAAAGUGAUGAUCCUCCUGAGGGCAACAUCAAAUCUAAUACAAUCCACAAAGUGAAGGAACUUCAGUCAGAGAGUGUGAAGAGUGUUGAAGUAUCAGAAGCACCCAAAGCUCUAAAACUUGAGGUGACUAGAGAGGAGGAGGUGGUGGAAAAUAGAGCAUCUGCAGAAGAACAAACACCUGGUUUUACAGUAUAUCUAAAUCGAAGGCCAACAAGCAUGGCAGAGGUCAUGAAAGACAUUGAGAACCAGUUUGUGAGGAUUUGUGAUUCUGCUCAUGAGGUUUCAGUGAUGCUGGAAGCAAGCAGAGCCCAGUGCUCUUCAAGUUCAAGGGAACUUGCUGUUAGAACAAUGAACCCAGUUGCUUCAUUUCGUUCUGCAUCAUCAUACUCAUCGUCUUCUAGGUUCUUUCAUGCUUCUACCGGCUCAAGAAAUGAUGGCUAUGAGAGCAGCAGUGAUUACUCGGGGGAAACUUGUAUGAUAUCUGGAAGCCACCAGUCCACGUUGGAUAGGUUGUAUGCAUGGGAGAAGAAAUUAUAUGAGGAAGUGAAGGCUGGUGAGCGGAUAAGAAUAGCAUAUGAGAAGAAAUGCCUGCAACUAAGGAACCAAGAUGUGAAUGGGGAGGAGCCUUCUGCUGUUUAUAAGACAAGAGUAACAAUAAGAGAUCUUCAUAGCCAGUUAAAAGUUUCUAUACAUUCAGUUGAGUCGGUGUCCAAAAGAAUUGAAAUUUUAAGGGAUGAGGAGUUGCACCCACAGCUUAAAGAGUUGAUACAAGGGUUAGCGAGGAUGUGGAGGACGAUGGCGGACUGCCACCGGAUCCAGAAGCGCACGCUGGACGAGGCCAAGCUGCUCCUCCUCUCCUCCUAUUCCGCCGCCGCCGCCGCUGCGAAGCCCUCGGAGGCGGUGAGAGCGGUCCGUUCCGCCGCUGCCGUCGAGGCGGAGCUCCGGAACUGGAGGUCCUGCCUGGAGGCCUGGAUUGCGGCCCAGCGGGCCUAUGCCCGCGCCCUCGCCGGCUGGGCCCUCCGGUGCGACGGGAGCGGCGGCGUGGCGGCCCAAUCGCCGCGCGGGGAGCGGCCAUCGUCGGCGGGCGGGGCGCCGCCGGCCUUCGGGGUGUGCUUGCAGUGGUUGCGGGUACUGGAGUCGGUGAGCGAGGCGCAGGUGCUGGACGGCCUGGAUUUCUUCGCAGCGGGGAUGGGAUCGGUGAGCGGGGCGCAGAGGCGGAGCGGGGAGGGGGAGGAGGGGGCGGGGGAGGUGGAGGUGGAAGGGGGGCCCUGGAUGACGCCGGAGAAGGUGGUGGAGAUCGCCGGGAUGGUGCUGUGCGCGGGGAUAUCGGUCGCCGUUGGCUCGCUGACGGAGUUCGCCCUUAGGUCUGUGGAGGGUUACGAGGCGCUGGUCAAGCGGUGCGGGGAGGGGCUGUAGUUUUGCUUGUGGGCUUUGGUUGUGAGGAUUGCAGUGAAGUUGAUGAUCACAGUGGUUGUUGUUUUAUCCUAUUUUCUUUAUUUUUUUUAAAAAUUUUUUUAUUUGUAUCGAUUAGCUUUGUUUUCGAUGUAUGCUUUUGGGAAUUUUUUUGCAAUUGCAGUUUGGGAGUAUACUCACGUUAACGGCGGUGGGAAGAUUUUCUGGGUGGUGACUGGUGACAUGGGUGGAGGAUGAACACCAGGCUUGGGAGCUCGUCCUUCGUAUUAAUUGUAUUAAUGAAAGCAGUACCAGAAUUUCAAGACUUUUAAUUUA